UCGGGGCUGCAGCGCUCCCCUCCCGCCCGCCCCGCGCAGCGGCCCUUUCUCUGCGCAGCGGCUGAGCCGGCGGCGGCGGCGGCGGCGGCGCGACCCCAGCGAGCGAGCGAGCGAGCGGCGCGGCGACGAGCGCGGAGCAGGCAACCUGGAGGAUGAAGUGCAAGCCGAACCAGACGCGCACGUACGACCCCGAGGGCUUCAAGAAGCGGGCGGCGUGCCUGUGCUUCCGCAGCGAGCGCGAGGACGAGGUGCUGCUGGUGAGCAGCAGCCGCUACCCGGACCGCUGGAUCGUGCCGGGCGGGGGCAUGGAGCCCGAGGAGGAGCCGAGCGGCGCGGCCGUGCGAGAGGUGUAUGAGGAGGCGGGCGUCAAGGGGACGCUGGGCCGGCUCCUGGGCGUCUUCGAGCAGAACCAGGACCCCAAGCACCGGACCUACGUGUACGUCCUGACCGUCACCGAGGUGCUGGAGGACUGGGAGGACUCGGUGAGCAUUGGCAGGAAGCGAGAGUGGUUCAAAAUCGAAGAUGCCAUCAAGGUCCUGCAGUGCCACAAGCCCGUGCAUGCCGAGUACCUGCAGAAACUAAAGCUGGGCGGUCCCCCCACCAACGGAAACUCCGUGCCCGGGAGCGACCGCUAGUAUGCACUGUUGGUGGACAAGUCGCCGGUUUUUCGGAAGCGUUGAGCAUCGCUUCUUGCCGGUUAACCUCGUUCGCACGGGCUAGUGCACAGGGGCUCUUCUGAACGGUGCCUUACCUGCCCGCCCGGCCCGGGGCGGUGUGUGUGUGCGAGCGCGCGUGUGCACCUUGGGCACCAGUCGUGUGGUUUUGUAGCAAACGCGUUUACAGUCUGAUCGCCUUGGUCGUCUGGCCUCUUUCGUUCCUGUUCGUUCUGAAGUUGUUUUCUCGUUCGCAGUAUUAGCCCUUGUGGGCAAGACCUGCUGUGGUGGGAGUUGGUUUCAAUGAGCCGUUUUGCAUUAAAAGAUAUUUAAGAACUUUGACUUCUUGUGCUCUUGCCGUGCUCGACAAUAACGUUAUCUUCAGAAAUAAAGUGAUCUCCUUUGCCCUUU